GGAGGAGGAGGAGCCGGGGCCUGGCGCUGGGGCCAGGCUGGGCGGCUGUGGGGCCCGGCCGCUGCAGCAGCCGCAGCCGUCUCGGCGGCCCCUCGCUCCUCCUUCUCCUCCGGGCCUCCUGGGCUCGGAGGAUCGGCGGGCCGGGCCCGAUGGAGCUGCACAUUCUGGAGCACCGGGUCCGGGUGCUGAGCAUCGCGCGCCCCGGGCUCUGGCUUUAUACACACCCGCUCGUCAAGCUGCUCUUCCUGCGGCAGCGGAGCCGGUGCAAGUUUUUCAGCCUGACAGAAACCCCAGAAGAUUACACCCUAAUGCUGGAUGAAGAAGGGUACAAAGAGCUGCCUCCGUCAGAAUUCUUGCAGGUGGCUGAGGCCACAUGGCUGGUGCUCAAUGUUCUAUCCAACAGCAGCUCGGCCACCAAUUUUCAGGCCGUCGGCGUCACCAAAAUCGCUCGGUCGGUCAUUGCUCCACUGGCUGAGCACCAUGUCUCGGUGCUCAUGUUGUCCACGUACCAGACAGACUUCAUCCUGGUGCGUGAACAGGACCUGCCCGUGGUGAUCCACACUCUGGCCCAGGAGUUUACCAUCCACCGGGAGGUCGAUGGGGAGCCUGUGCCGGUGGCCUGCGACGAUGCCAGCAAUGGCUUCCACAAAGCCAAACUGGGCCCCAGCUCCACUGUGCACCCCAUCCAGAGCCCCCAGAACAGAUUCUGCAUCCUCACGCUGGACCCCGACACCCUCCCUGCCAUCGCUACCACGCUUAUAGAUGUCCUCUUCUACUCUCACAGUGCUUCCAAGGAGGGGGCUUCUGAUGAGGCAGACCUUGCCUCCAUCCCCUUCUUUGCCUUCUCCCUGAUCGAGGGCUACAUCUCUAUCGUCAUGGAUGCAGAGACACAGAAGAAGUUUCCCAGUGACCUGUUGCUCACCAGCUCUUGUGGAGAGCUCUGGAGAAUGGUUCGAAUUGGGGGCCAGCCCCUGGGCUUUGAUGAGUGUGGGAUUGUGGCCCAGAUUGCCGGUCCGCUGGCCGCUGCAGACAUCUCUGCCUACUAUAUCAGUACCUUCAACUUUGACCACGCUCUGGUACCUGAGGACGGCAUCGACAGUGUCAUUGAGGUCCUUCAGAAUCGCCAGGAGAGCUGCCGAUAAUGGCUGGAUCGGGAACCGAUCUCCCUGUGGCUCAGGCUGACUGGACACCGCUCACCAUCGGCCUCUUCUUUGGUGGCCUCUAGAGGCCCCAAAGGCUAAACCAAAGCUUUCUGUGUAGUGUUUGCUCCGCAGCAGUGGGGGCUGGUCUGGUGCCCCCUCUGUCCAGGUGUGUGGGAGGGGGACGUCCUCUGGGGCCACCUUUCACUCUCAUUUUUAAGUCGUUGGUUUCCUGGCUCUGUGGCCCAAGCAGGUGCCUAGAAGUAGGAUAUUGGAUGCCCCUGGGGCUAGGGGUAGGAAGGGAGAUGACUUCGUCUACCCUCCCAUUCUUUGGAACCUGGGUUGUUUUCUUGGCUUCCUCUGGGAGCUAGCCCAGCCCCAAGACCCGGCCUGCAGUGGCCCUCACUCUAGGUCAAAGCUGGUUCCUCUCAGUUCUGUUCCCCCAUGUCCUCCCCAGAGGGCAGGGAAGCUGAGAGGCCUGUUCUCCAAUGCACAAAACACUCACAUGUGCCUUAUCCGUGAAGCUGUCUGGGCACCUGUGUGUGCCCACAAACUGGAAUCAUGGUGCUGUGGAUGGCUUCACUUGGGAAGCCUCAGACCUUGGUAAAUGUCUUUGCACGUGCUCCCUCCCUCCUGGGAGAGAGAUGCCCCUUCUCUGUCCUUUCUCCCCUUUCUGCAGCCCUCCAGUCUGGCCCUCUCCAUGGUCCUGGGAGGGAGCUGGUCCCCACCCCCCACGUCCCCCAGGGGAUACCCCGUGACCUCUGUCCCAUCCUUGGGGACAAGCCUCCAUUCUUCCAUCUCGUGUUUUUAAGAGAUGUCCUUGGCAAUAAAGCACUUUGCAAU